CAAUGCUUCACUGCCUGGAAAACAUUGCCACAUUCAUGGAGGCUCUCCCCAUGGACUCUCCUAGUAACCUGUGGACGACAAUCUGCAACCAAUUCCAGACCUUUCUCACAAAGCUGCCCUCUGUGCUUCCUCUGAAGUGCCCCAUGGAUUCCAGCUUGAGGAUUAUCAUUUGUCUGCUGAAAAUCCCAACUACAAAUGCAACCCGGAGCCUUCUGGAGCCGUCCUCCAAGCUGCUGAGCUUUGUCAUCCAGUAUGGCAUGUUCAGUCUCUCCUACCUCGUAGAACUAUGUGGACUGUGUUACAAAGCCUUCAAUAAGGUACAGUUAAGCCUGCUUACAUGACUUUUUUCUCGUUUGUGGGAGAAAAACAUGUGCUGAAAUUCAGUAUUUAUGCCGUCUCGAAAGAGUUAAAC